UUAUAUGGAGAGGUCAGUGGGGUGCCUCAUACUGAGAGAGGAGAGCUCAGGCUCGAGAAGGCUGACCCACUGCUGCUGGUCCAGGAGUGGAGGCUGGAAAGGCUGCACCUUUGGUCCUCAGUGGAGGCUCCCCGCCCAGCCAGCAACCCUGAGAUUCCUUUGCAGGGGAAGGCCUGUUCCGUCUAGCUGACUCAGCCUGCGGAAGCCAAGAGUCUCACGGUUUUUCAGGCAGCCACCCCCACUGUGGAACCACAUGGACUCCAUGGGCCCUGCAGAGCUGCAGCCAGGGGAAGGAGCCCCUGGCUGCCCCCAGGAGGGCUUGCCCCGCCCCCCGGACAGCUCUGAGUUGGUGCAGGACUGCCUGAACCAGUUCAAGCUGACAGAGCCCCAGCUGCGGCAGAUCCAGGCCAGGAUCCUGGGUUCCAUGGAGCUGGCCCUGAGGGGCGAGGCCAGCCCCGUACCCGCCGUCCGGAUGCUGCCCACCUAUGUAGGGUCCAUCCCACACGGCACUGAGCAAGGGGACUUCUUGGUGCUGGAGCUGGGGGCCACCGGGGCCUCCCUGCGUGUUCUGUGGGUGACCCUGACCGGCUCUGAGGGGCAUCAGAUGGAGCCCCGCAGCCGCGAGUUUUUGAUCCCCCAAGAGCUGAUGCUGGGUCCUGGCCAGCAGCUCUUUGACUUUGCUGCGCGAUGUCUGUCUGAGUUCCUGGACGCCUUCCCAGUGGGCAACCGGAGGCUGCAGCUAGGGUUCAACUUCUCCUUCCCCUGCCACCAGACGGGCCUGGACAGGAGCACCCUCAUUUCCUGGACCAAAGGUUUCAGGUGUAGUGGUGUGGAAGGCCAGGAUGUGGUCCAGCUGCUCCGAGAGGCCAUCCAGAGGCAGGGGACCUAUAGCGUCGACGUGGUUGCCGUGGUGAACGACACGGUGGGCACCAUGAUGGGCUGCGGGCCAGGGAGCGUGCCUUGUGAGGUCGGGCUCGUCGUGGACACCGGCACCAACGCCUGUUACAUGGAGGAGGCGCGGCAUAUGGCGGUGCUGGACGAGGACCGGGGCCGCGUCUGUGUCAGCGUCGAGUGGGGCUCCUUUGGCGAUGAUGGGGCCCUCGGGCCAGUGCUGACCACAUUCGACCGCAUCCUGGACCAGGAGUCCCUGAACCCCGGUGCUCAGAGGUUUGAGAAGAUGAUUGGCGGCCUGUACCUGGGCGAGCUGGUGCGGCAGGUGCUGGCUCACCUGGUCCGGCACGGGGUCCUUUUUGGCGGCUGUGCCUCCCCGGCCCUGCUGAGCCAAGGAGGCAUCCUCCUGGAGCAGGUGGCCGAGAUGGAGGACCCCUCGGCCGGGACAGCCCGGGUGCAAGCCGUCCUGCAGGGCUUGGGCCUGAAUCCAGGGGCCACGGACACUGAGCUGGUGCAGCGCGUGUGUGCGGCGGUGUGCACUCGAGCCGCCCACCUGUGCGCUGCCGCCCUGGCUGCCGUCCUCACACGCCUCCAGCACGGCCGGGAGCAGCAGGCGCUGCAGAUCGCGGUGGCUACUGGAGGCCGAGUGUUUGAGCGACACCCCAGGUUCCUCAGCGUCCUGCGGGAGACUGUGAAGCUCCUGGCCCCCGAAUGUGACGUCUCCUUCACCCCCUCUGUGGAUGGGGGUGGCCGGGGCGUGGCAAUGGUGACCGCUGUGGCUGCCCGAGUGGCGGCCCACCAACGCAUGCUGGAGGAGACCCUGGCCCCGUUCCGGCUGAACCACGAGCAGCUGGCACAGGUGCAGGCGCAGAUGCGGGAGGCCAUGGCCCAGGGGCUCCGAGGGGAGGCCUCCUCCCUCCGGAUGCUGCCCACUUACGUCCGGGCCACUCCUGAUGGCAGCGAGCGGGGGGACUUCCUGGCACUGGACCUCGGGGGCACCAACUUCCGAGUCCUCCUGGUUCGCGUGGCCGCGAGUGGUGUGCAAAUCACCAGCGAGAUCUACUCCAUCCCUGAGCACGUGGCUCAGGGCCCUGGAGAGCAGCUCUUUGACCACAUCGUGGACUGCAUCCUGAACUUCCAGCAGAAGCAGGGCCUCAGCGGGCAGACCCUCCCCCUGGGUUUCACCUUCUCCUUCCCCUGCAGGCAGGUCGGCCUGGACCAGGGCAUCCUCCUGAACUGGACGAAGGGCUUCAACGCCUCAGACUGCGAGGGCCAGGACGUCGUGGGGCUGCUGCGGCAGGCCAUUGUGCGCAGACAGGCAGUGAAGCUGAAUGUCGUUGCCAUUGUCAAUGACACGGUGGGGACCAUGAUGUCCUGUGGCUAUGAAGACCCCCAUUGUGAGGUCGGCCUAAUUGUUGGGACCGGCACCAACGCCUGCUACAUGGAGGAGCUCCAGAACGUGGCGGGUGUCGCCGGGGACUCGGGCCUCAUGUGCAUCAACAUGGAGUGGGGCGCCUUUGGGGAUGAUGGCUCUCUGGGCACACUCGCGACCUGCUUCGACGAUCUCGUGGAUCAGGCAUCCAUCAACCCUGGCAAACAGAGGUUUGAGAAGAUGAUCAGCGGCAUGUACCUGGGGGAGAUUGUCCGCCACAUCCUCUUGCAUUUGACGAGCCUUGGAGUUCUCUUCCGGGGCCAGAAGACCCAGCGCCUUCAGACCAGGGACAUUUUCAAGACCAAGUUUCUCUCUGAGAUUGAAAGUGACAGCCUGGCCCUGAGGCAGGUCCGGGCCAUCCUGGAGGACCUGGGGCUGCCCCUGACCUCAGACGACGCCCUGAUGGUCCUAGAGGUGUGCCAGGCUGUGUCCCAGCGGGCCGCCCAGCUCUGUGGGGCAGGUGUGGCUGCCGUGGUGGAGAAGAUCCGUGAGAACCGGGGCCUGGAGGCGCUCACUGUGUCCGUGGGGGUAGACGGGACCCUCUACAAGCUGCACCCCCACUUCUCUGGCCUGGUGGAGGCCACUGUGCGGGAGCUGGCCCCUCGCUGCGCGGUCACCUUCCUGCAGUCGGAGGAUGGGUCGGGCAAAGGGGCAGCCCUGGUCACCGCCGUCGCCUGCCGCCUGGCCCAGCAGGCCCUUGUCUGAAGGAGUCUCCGGGAUCGAUCUGCGCUGGACCGGGGCCCGGGCCCCAAGCAUUCCCGGCCAGGCCCAGCCCCACCAGGGACUCCCAGCACAGCCCCCACAUGACCCCGCUGUGGCCACUGGCCUCAGCCUCUGGCUUCCUGUAGAGAAGCGGCACUUGGGUUAGCAAUAUAUAUAUAUAAUUU